AUGUUUGUCGUUCACAUCUUUAAAAGAACUCUUCAGUGGCUUGUUCACAGCCGGCUUUCUCCUCAGUUCUCUGGAAAUGGAGUCCAACUAUUUCUUUCCCCUGAUGAGGCAGGUUCUAUUAUUGAAAAUCGAGAUGGUGAAAACCUAAGGCAAACCCAGAUAGCUACGAAGUCUCUUCGUCUUUCGUGUCCUAUUGUCAAGCAAGAAAGACAGACUCGUUUAAACAAUCUUUGAGACGCCUUUUACAUUAACAGUGACCGGAAAUUGAAAAACAGUGUCCUUCAUCUCUAUUCAGUCACUGGGGAUGAAAUAAUGGCUACUUACGUCAGUGACGCGUCGUAAAUUUUACCCCAUAAUAAAGAAUUAUUCAGUGUCAAUGAAACUCAAGCACUGAAGUAAAAAAUUCUUCUCAAGAGGAAAAAAUGGAAGGGGAUGAUAAAAGAAUAAAGAUAACUACGACAAGAUGAAUAAAGAUGAAUAAAGAGUCGAAUAAUUAAAAGAAACCUCAAGCGUUGAUAUUUACAUUUAUAUUUUUUCCAGGAAUCAAAUAGUAACAAAAAGAAUAACAAUAAUAACAUUUUUAACAGGAUGACCAUUUCAGUUAUAAAAACUGCUAUCAACACGGGUUCUGUAAAGACUCUGCGUUGGCCGGGAAGGGUAUAUCGCUCCCUGAUGUUUGAGAAAUGUUUAGCAGAACUUAGAACUUAGAACUUAGAAAAAACGAAGCGAAAUCUCUGCUCGGUAAAAGGAGAAGUAACCCCGUUAGAUUCUUAAGGUAACAAUAUACCUGCUUAGCUAACAAAAAAACCUAUUCUACUGCAUAUCUAUCUUCUGACGUAAGAGAAAUAAAUGGAAUAAACAGAGCAAUAUGCUGCUAACCAAAACAACGGAUAUUCAUUAAUCAUGCAAUAAAAUAAAACAAAGGUAAAGUUAAGAAAGAACAAGCGGUCCUUGAAUGUAUACAGUUUAACAGCUAUAUUCUUUAUUCAUAAUGGUUACUCAAGUCAAAAAAUCAUCGACGAUUAUAACCAACUAUCCAAUGGGACAUUGGUAUCUUACCGUAUAUUGCAUAGCCUGCAGUGCAGGCGUUUUCUUUGAGCGCGCAAUUUGCUCGCGAAAGCGCCAUGUUGAAACUUCCCGAAAAGAGGAGAAGAUGGGGCAAGUCAAAGGGAGCGGGGAGGGGGCGGGGAGAGAGAAGAGUAUUUUUCUCUCCCCUCCCCUCCCCCCUUUCCUUCUUUCGCCCUCGCACCUACCGUAAGGGUUACUAUUUCUACUCUCCCCAAUCUUCCACUGUCGUAAAAUCAAAGAUGGUGGCUACAACAAUAUUAUGAACACGAACAAGGUUUACGCCUGUACUGCAGGCUAUAUAUUGCAUACAUAAGCAGCUUUUUAUGCCGUGGACCACAUACGAUGAAGAGAAAAAAUAUAUUGCAGCCAUGAAAGAGUUACAUUUGACGCAUCCUCGGAGACCCAGGGGCGGACAGUCGGGCCGGGAGAAAAGGCGCGACAAAAGUUUUCAAGCACUGUGUUUGAAAACUUUUGUCGCGCCUUUUCUCCCUGCCCGACUUGCCGCCCCUGGGUCUCCGAGGAUGCAUUUGACGGUACAUUUUACCAGGUUCCGCAUUGGGGGAAACAGGAGAAAACAAUUGGCCUGGGCGAAAACAAAAAUCAGAGAGGUAGUCAGGAGAGGGGAAAGGGUGCUGUCCUUUCCCCCCUCCCCAGGACCCCGUUUUUUUCCUUUUUCUCCCACUGCGGAGCCUGAACCCAGUAAUUUUACCUGAAAUGACUGACUACCUCGGACUGCUAAAAGAGAAAUCUUCAACAACGUCUUGUUCAACCGUGUUACGUUGCAGCCGGACCUGUCUCUUGGGACCUACUGAAAACCGACAUACAGUGUGGCAGCUCUAUGUCGGGGAAUUUGGACUGUCUUAGACGAAGGCUAUUGUGGCGGUGGAAAACGAGAUUGAGCCCUGUCAACGGAGAGAAACCAAAGAACGUAGCUGAAGAUAUAGAAGAUAAACUGAUUUUUCCACAGACGAUCUUCCGGAUCUUUGCCUCACUCUGCUCCCCUCAGUUUCUCCUUGGUACAGUCGAACCCUGCCUAACGGAUUCCCUCUUAAUACGGACACCUCGUUAUUACGGACAAUUUGCUUUGCCUCUGGGAAAAGCCCUUACAUUUUCUCAAAAUAAAACCCGUAAGGACAUCUGUUAAUGCGGACAACGACCCCCUUUUUCGCCCUACCAACAAAUUCUCAUAGAAAGUCAACCUUGCUAAUGCGGUCACUUUAUUAUCAACCGUGUGUUCUAACGAGGCGACAUUUCCUUUCUGCAGGUAAAAAAGGCCUCCAGUUGACAGCGUGUCGAUGUUCCCGGUGCUACAGAAUACCAGAUUAG